AAAAGUGAGUAGAUAUUCGCCAUUUUUGGUUGUCUGAUUUUGCAUUUGUCCUCGGCUAUAAGUCCACAACCUCAGACAUAGAAAACCAAACAGUGUUGUCCUUGGAACAAAAGGAGGGUACAGCCUGCAGAGAUCAACGUGCUUAAGGAGAUUUAGAUGAUGUUCACGUUCUCUGUUCUUGUUGCUUUUCUUGCUUGACAACCCACUUUCCAGACUGUCAAUCACCUACUGACACCAGAAAAUCAUUGAAGAAUAAGCAGAUCCACUACUCCACAGAAUUCCUUAUCCAGCACAGCACAACCAGAGAGAGUGAGAGUGAUGGAGGCAUUUCCAAGAGACCAACGUGGCUCGCUCGAAGUGUUCAACCCAUCGUCUUCUUACUCCGCCGAGAAGCCGGUGGCGUCGCCGUUGCGCUCUCAAUCCACGUGGAAGACGUGGAUAGACUCACGCGCCGAGGACCCGCCGGAGGAGCAGCAGCGCGGUUCCGACGAGGUCACCGCCACGUCAUGGAUGGCGCUGAAGGACUCCGCUCCGCCCACGCUGGCGGCGGUGCUCGGGGAGCCUCUGGCGGCUGCGGCGGCGGGGGAGGAGGCCGGGAGCGCGGCGAAGCGCGCCGCGGAGUGGGGGCUGGUGCUGAAGACGGACACGGAGACGGGGAGGCCGCAGGGAGUGGCGGCGGCGCGGAGCUCCGGCGGGGAGGAGGCGAGCGGGAAGGGGUCUCGGAGGGACUCCGGGAACUCGGUGAGAAGCUCCGGCGAGUCUUCCGACGAGGGAAGGGAGCAGCGCGGCGGAAUACCGCGGGUGUCGGAGGACCUGAGGGAGGCGUUGUCGGCGUUUCAACAAACUUUCGUGGUUUCGGAUGCUACCAAACCCGAUUACCCGAUUAUGUAUGCUAGUGCCGGGUUUUUCAAGAUGACGGGUUAUACGUCCAAGGAGGUCAUUGGGAGAAACUGUCGGUUUAUGCAGGGCGCAGACACGGAUCCGGAUGAUGUGGCAAAGAUAAGGGAAGCCUUAGAAAGAGGGUCUACUUAUUGCGGAAGGUUACUUAACUACAAGAAGGAUGGGACUCCCUUUUGGAACCUUCUCACUAUUGCCCCUAUCAAAGAUCACCAUGGCAAUCUCCUCAAAUUUAUCGGAAUGCAAGUGGAGGUUAGCAAGCAUACAGAGGGGACGAAGGAGAAGAUGCUACGUCCCAAUGGAUUGCCCGAAUCUUUGAUUCGAUAUGAUGCUCGUCAGAAAGAGAAGGCAAAUAGUUCAGUAUCUGAGUUGGUGUUGGCUGUAAGAAGGCCUCGGGCACUGAGUGAAUCAGGAGGUCGUCCCUUGAUCAGAAAGUCAGCAUCCGGUGAUGAUGCACAAGAGAAACCAGAAAAGUCAUCUAGGAGAAAAUCUGAGAGUGUGGCUUCUUUUAGACGAAAAUCACAUGCGGGAGACAGAAGUUCAAUGGAGAGAAUCGCUGAGAUACCUGAAAAGAAACACAAGAACUCUCGUCGUCGUUCUUUCAUGGGGUUCAUCAGGAAAAGUCAAUCUAACUUUGGAAGCUUUAAUGAUGAAGCGAUUGUUGAGGACAGCUCUGUGAGUAGUGAUGAUGAUGAUGAUGAAAGGCCUGAUAGUUUUGAUGGAAAAGUACAUAAGAAGGAAAAGAGAAAGGGUCUUGAUCUUGCUACCACUCUUGAACGUAUUGAGAAAAACUUUGUCAUUACUGAUCCAAGGCUACCCGACAACCCCAUUAUCUUUGCAUCUGAUAGCUUCUUAGAGCUUACAGAGUACAGUCGUGAAGAAAUCUUGGGAAGAAACUGCAGGUUUCUGCAAGGACCUGAAACUGAUCCAGCAACGGUGAGAAAAAUUAGAGAGGCUAUUGACAAUCAAACUGAUGUCACUGUGCAACUCAUUAAUUAUACAAAGAGUGGUAAAAAGUUUUGGAACUUGUUUCAUUUGCAACCUAUGCGUGACCAGAAGGGAGAGGUACAAUAUUUUAUUGGAGUUCAACUUGAUGGUAGUCAACAUGUGGAGCCUCUUCACAAUGGCAUUGCAGAAGAUACUGCAAAAGAGGGAGAACAAUUGGUAAAGGAAACAGCUGAAAAUGUUGAUGAUGCACUGAGAGAACUUCCAGAUGCUAAUAUGAAACCAGAAGAUUUAUGGAUGAAUCAUUCAAGAGUGGUUCACCCCAAACCUCAUAGAAGGGAUGAAGCUGCUUGGAGGGCUAUUAAGAAGAUUUUAGAUAGUGGAGAGCAAAUAGGCUUGAAUCAUUUUAGACCAGUUAAACCUUUGGGAUCAGGAGAUACCGGCAGUGUCUAUCUGGUGGAGCUAUGUGAAACUGGUCAAUAUUUUGCCAUGAAGGCUAUGGAAAAAGGUGUUAUGCUCAAUCGUAACAAGGUGCAUAGAGCUUGCACAGAAAGAGAGAUCCUCGACAUGUUAGACCAUCCUUUUCUUCCUGCAUUAUAUGCUUCUUUUCAGACCAAGACACAUGUUUGUUUGAUAACUGAUUAUUGUUCUGGUGGAGAACUAUUCCUUCUUCUUGACCGACAACCAGCUAAGGUUCUCAGGGAAGAUGCAGUGAGGUUUUAUGCCGCUGAAGUAGUUGUUGCGUUGGAGUAUCUUCAUUACCAAGGGAUAAUAUAUCGGGAUUUGAAGCCAGAAAAUGUAUUACUCCAGAGUAGUGGACACGUGUCUCUAACAGAUUUUGAUUUGUCAUGUUUAACGUCUUGCAAACCACAGCUUCUAGUUCCAGCUAUAAAUGAAAAGAAGAAAGCACAGAAAAGCCAACAUGCUCCAAUAUUUAUGGCUGAACCUAUGAGAGCAUCAAAUUCUUUUGUGGGCACAGAAGAGUACAUAGCUCCGGAAAUUAUAACGGGUUCAGGCCAUACAAGUGCUGUGGAUUGGUGGGCUCUUGGAAUUCUUCUGUAUGAAAUGUUUUAUGGGUAUACACCAUUCAGGGGAAAGACUAGACAAAGAACAUUUACAAAUAUUCUCCACAAGAACAUUAAAUUUCCCAAAAAUAAACAGGUAAGUUUUAGUGCAAAGCAGUUAAUGUACCGGUUGUUGAAUAGAGACCCCAAAAGCAGAUUGGGUUCAAGAGAGGGAGCAAACGAAAUUAAGAACCAUCCAUUCUUUCGGGGUGUAAAUUGGGCCCUAGUUCGUUGCACGAAACCUCCUGAGUUGGAUGCUCCUCUUGAGUCAACCGAAGGAGAAAACGAAGCCAACUAUGAAGAUCACGUGCAAGAGGAGAUGAACGUCUUCUAAAAAGGUUAGAGGAUGAUGUUAUAUCUACUUCACGAUAUAUACUUUUGAGUUAUUGCCUUAUUGAGUCGGUGGUACUUAUUUGUGUUCUUUGAUCAAUGGUAUAGCCAAGUUCAGGAAUCCAAGUUUGAUUUUGUAACAUGUUCAUUGUAAUUUAUGAAUGGUGUGAUGUUUCAAAGUUACCUAGUGAUGGUGUAAAUCCUUUGUCUUAA